AUCUCGCUUCUCCUUCGUUCCUAGCUUCUGGGAGCUCACAAUCUCACUCCUUCCAAAAGCCGGCUCGAGUGGGACCCUGCCGGAAUCUUGCACACAUGAUGGAAAUGUGGAAACUGAAUUGUGCGGAGAGAAAAUGGUUUAAUAUUCGUACCCCUUUUGCUGGCGACGCCUCGUACUGAGGCCGAUGAUGUCGAUGUCAAUCUCGUGUGCUCUGCCUGUGAGAGACCCGAAUCUGCUGGGACGUCGUUUUUCUCGUACUCUUGGCUUGCGCAUGCUGCACAUUCAGUCUUGACCAUUUCUCCGGUGGAAUUGGCGGUCAGUGCUUGGCUCUUGGCACACGCCCAUCGUCCAAGCAAGAUUCUUCUAGCACAAUGGAGGCUCUUCUGGCUACGCACUGCACGUCAUGAUGACCGAGGAAUCCGUAGUGGAAAGGGUUUCUUGGAUCGACCGACUGACUUUCUGGAACACAUUCUUCUGGCUUCACUUCGCCCAAGAAUUCGCCCAAGAUACCGUAAUAUAGUAAAAUAUAUCAAAUUCGUCGAAGGUGUGAGGAAGUAUUAUAUUACUGAACGAGUGUAGACCAAAGAAAUGGGAGAAGUCGUAGUUCUGGGCGCAUUUUUCUACUGCUGACAGUAGAUCGUUGUACAUCCCAGGAUGACGCUGGUUUAGUACCCUUGCGUGAAUUGGCCUCCAAUCAUCGCACUGUUGAGGCCAAGUCUUCCUAAAAUAUUACUAUUCUGGUCGGUGGGAUUGGAAGGAGACACGAGCCCACGGCCGGCACAGAGCCGAACACUGUGUAGAAACUGUAGUGCCGCGUGAAGUGAGGCGAGCACUUUUCUUCUGAGUGGCUCCUUGAUGUUGGCAUGGUCCUUAGAGACCUUGCAAGGCGCUGGCAGCACGAUUUCUGGAUAGAGAGCACUGGCGGACGCCGAGGAGGGACGCUGUCUAUUUGGUGAAUUAGCUCCUGCGAGAAAGCAGGCCCGAGAAAGUUAUGCUGAUUAUCCAGAAAGCAUGAGUCCAAAUAUGAUUGAUGGAAGGAUAAUGGACGAAAAAAAACAACAUCUUUUAGAGGCGGAGGAUUCAAAUAUGAUUGAUGGAAGGAUAAUGGACGAAAAAAUACAACAUCUUUUAGAGGCGGAGGAUUCAUAUGCCGCAGAAGAUUACGUGACAAUUCGCGAAAGGAUUACGAGGGUUAUGCUCUUCUCUGUUGUAAUGUGGAAUUUCCUUCAAUGGAUUGAUAGCGUGAAGCAAUCCUCUCUCCAGCCGGCGGGACAAUUAAGCGGGACUGAGACGAAUCCCAGAUGGGCGCAUGCUGCAGCUGAGGCAGCUGAGGGAUUUGCUGCUUACGACUGCUCUGGUCAUGGUAGUGUUCUCCUCGACACGGUGCCAACAAACGGUGAGAUCGUCUGCGAAUGCCAUGCGUGCUUUACAGGUCCCAGCUGCGCCGAGUCCGUACCUGACUGCCUAGCGCAAAUUGACAGCGGAGACCCCGUGAUGUACGAGUACUAUUGGAAACAGAACGCUGAAGCCGGAACGCUGGUGACUCCGCCGUGGUAUCGCAUGAGUUACAGGGAAGGAAUGAAUAUGGGAACAGGUUGCACUUUGGCCCUGGAAAAACAAAUUAGAACUUUGCAUAAGAUGGUCGGCAAUGCUGCAGCAGACGGAAAGAUCCUGCUCGUCAGCAGCGGUUCUUCACCCCUCCUACUAUCAAUCAUGCAAGCGCUAUCAUACCAGAAGCAGGCAUCAUACAGUGCAGUCGCUGCUGCGCCCUUCUAUGAGCUGUACCGGAGGCAAACGGACUAUUUUGGAGACAACAGGUUUGCAUGGGGAGGAGAUGCCAAACUGUUUGCCCAAGAUCCAGGGAACGCUGGUAAAGAUGCCAUGGAAUUUGUCACAUACCCGAACAAUCCAGACUUUCGAACUCGACAACCUACUUUGAACGGAAGUCACGCACACAUAAUUUACGAUUUUGCUUAUUACUGGCCUCACAUGUCAGCUAUAACACGCGAAUUUGAUGAAGACAUCAUGACAUUCACCCUUUCGAAAGUCACCGGCCAUGCGGGCACUCGAAUUGGAUGGGGCUUAUUCAAGGACCCCUCGCUUGCGGCCUUGGUACAGAUGAUGCUGGUAACAAACUCGUUGGGUGUAUCUCAUGAUGCUCAAGCACGAGCCACUCAACUUCUGCGUGCAGUCACUUCCACAUACCUCAAGGACAAUGGCCCUGUACCAUUUGCACUUCCAGCUGCUCAAUAUGCGAAAGAAGGGCGAAUUUUCCACUACGGCCGAGCAGUCCUCGAGAGGCGCUACAAAUGGCUCGAGCAAAUUUUUGCAGCAUCUGAUCGCUUCUCCUUCCUGAAACACGACCCCGAGUACUGCGCUUUCUUCGGGCAGACACUGGAACCCUCACCAGCUUAUGCAUGGGUUUACUGCAACCGAAAAGAGGACGAAGAUUGUUACAACUUGUUCCUGAAUGCGGGCAUUAGUUUAUACCGAGGAUCAGCUUAUGGGGUCACCGAUCGACACGUUCGAUUUUCUCUGCUGAAGCGAGAUAGCGAUUACGAGGUAAUGGAGAAGUAUCUGCUUAAGCUGGUGGCUGCAUAGCACUCACACCCGUGACGAUGGAGUGAUGAACACCGAGGACAUCAACUCAGAUUAUCAAUCACGUCAGGUAUUGGGAGAACCCAAUACCAUAGCUAGCCUAAACAAUCCCAAAUACGUGCAGAACUGCACCACAGGAACCAUGUGUUGCCAUGCCAAUUGCGGCAUUUCUGUUCUUCGCUCUGUUGAACACAGAAAUGCGUAGUUUGACUCCGAGCAAUUCAGCUUCCUCUCUGUUUCUCUCUAACGAAGAGAUCAGAGCAUGACUCACCAGUCGACAGAACAGUUUUCGAUGAUCAAAAACUCUCUGAUCAUUGAAGCUGCAUAGAAAUCUGGUAUGUCUAUCUGCACCGAUUACAUCCUCGUUGCAGACAUAUUCAGCCAAUCAUCGAGCACUCCUAUACAAACCUCUUGUUAUUGGGCCAACUGCUCGAAGCCCAAGAUAUACAUGAAUGUUCAACAGAUCGAUGAACACUCAUCAUUACAGAAAAACCUUUGAUUAUAACCUGACUGUCAAAGACUAAAACCUUCUCUCAUUGUUGAUUUCUCAACAUCUCCUUUCCAUAGUAACAACAAUGUUCAACUAUUUGCUGAACAUUUCAGUCUGAUAAACAAAACGCCUACAGAACCUUCAGUAACGUCCCAUUUAAUUAGACCGUAUGUUGAGCAUCCAUAUCAGCAAUAAAGUGGAGCUGAGCUGAGUUGAUGACGAGCUACUUAAAAUCCUUAUCAUUCUACAAGGUGAUUCAUAGUUAAUCCUUUGCCAUCAAGUUUCAUGGGUGAUACAUUUGCCAUUGUACUUUCAGAAGACGAAUUUCUAAUUAGGGAAAACUGGGAGUGAACUCAAGCUUUGGUCAGGGCCGGCGACUACUGCUGUGUAGUGCCUUUGACAUUUCUCGUAAAAUGUAAUACUAGUAAAUGAGCUGAAUGCACAUUCUCAAUAAGCAGUAUACAAUCAAGGUAGCAUCUUCAGUAUUCACCCUUAUCAUGCAUAUUUAUGACCUUGAUGAAACUUAUGGUUGUUAGAUGAUAACCACGAGCUCUUGGACAUAUAAGUUCUUUGUAUUCAUAUCCAUCAUGAUACCAAAGCUAAACUCGA